AUGAAGCGCAAACAAGAAAAGGAAAAGGAGGAGACAGUUCCUCGCAAGAGUGCAAGGAUUUCCAAAAAGAUUGAAGAGAAGAUUCCACCAAAGGUGGAAAAAAAGAACGAAAAUAUUAAAAAGAAGGUGCCGAUUCCCCGGAAGACGGUCAAUAAGACAAAAAAUAAUCUAUUUCUAAGGCAAAGAAAAAUGAAGCGCAAACAAGAAAAGGAAAAGGAGGAGACAGUUCCUCGCAGGAGUGCAAGGAUUUCCAAAAAGAUUGAAGAGAAGAUUCCACCAAAGGUGGAAAAAAAGAACGAAAAUAUUAAAAAGAAGGUGCCGAUUCCCCGGAAGACGGUCAAUAAGACCAAAAAUAUUCUAUUUCUAAGGCAAAGAAAAAUGAAGCGCAAACAAGAAAAGGAAAAGGAGGAGACAGUUCCUCGCAAGAGUGCAAGGAUUUCCAAAAAGAUUGAAGAGAAGAUUCCACCAAAGGUGGAAAAAAAGAACGAAAAUAUUAAAAAGAAGGUGCCGAUUCCCCGGAAGACGGUCAAUAAGACCAAAAAUAUUCUAUUUCUAAGGCAAAGAAAAAUGAAGCGCAAACAAGAAAAGGAAAAGGAGGAGACAGUUCCUCGCAAGAGUGCAAGGAAGUCCAAAAAUAUUGAAGAGAAGAUUCCACCCAAGGUGGAAAAAAAAGAACGAAAAUAUUAA